AUGUAUGGUCCGAUGAAAGAUAGCAGUAGCAAUGAGUGGAGGAUAAGAACGAAUAAUGAACUAGGACUACUUUUCCAGAAACCAAAUAUAUUGGAGACAAUAAGGAGUAGAAGACUAAAGUGGGCUGGACAUGCGUGGCGCAGUCAGAAUCCCUUGCUAUGUAUAGUGUUAGAGAAGGAUCCAGCUGGGAAGAGACCUUUGGGAAGUCCUCGUAUGAGAUGGGAAGAUCUGGUUAAAAAAGAUGUAAGUGCCUUAGGUGGAGGAUCAGAUUGA